GCCAUCUUCCCAAAACAAACGAAGCCAACAAUACAGCCAGACUACGAUCUUUACGCACGAUCACGCGCUUUGCGAACACAAUGGAGACGUGAUAUUUUUAGAAAGACGCUUACGAUAAACGCGAGAGGAUUUUUAUUUUAAUGUUAUUUUUUUUGAGUUUUUGCAUCGCAUUCAACAGUGUGCCGUGCUCUCCCCCAUCGCUCCAUCUUUCUUUAUCGGAGUACGGACCCGUUUCUUUUGAGUGAAACGCGCUGGAACGAUGCGUAAUUUGGCGUAGUUUCCAGACAAUAGCGACUUUUUUUGGGGGGGGGAUCAUUUCGAACGGUUUUUACGCACGGCUCGAAAAGAUGACACCUCCACCAUCAUGACCAGCUGAUUUCCCCCGGAUCCAAAGGAAGUUUUUGAGGGUUGUUUUUCGGCUCUUCUACGCCUUUGUACCCUAACCUCCGAAGCAGCAGGUGGGCUUAAGGGGUCGGUGGUUGCGAUCAUGGCCGGGAGGAGGCGAGUGUUCCCGGGGGCGAUGGCCAGAGUAGUCCCCCCACCACCCCGAGCAGCCGAACGUGCUUGACUCCACCUGUUUACCUACCCACAGCUACGUCAACUGAGCCAUAAAGCCACCCAAAAUGCCGAAAAACAGCAGGGACAGGUUCAACCCGGAUCCGUCCAUACAGAUUUCCAAAAUGAUAAUUCCGUUCUCCCCGGACGUGCCGUGCGACCAUCACGGGCAGCGGAUGUGGUGGGCUUUCCUCGCCUCGUCCAUGGUCACUUUCUUCGGGGGACUUUUUAUAAUCUUGCUCUGGAGAACGCUAAAAUACAUGUGGACCGUUUGCUGUCACUGUAAAGCCAAGAAAAAGGAGGUGCACCGGGUGACCACCGCAGAGGCGCUGAAGCGAGGAGAGAAGGAUGAUGCCGGGGCCAGUGAGGUGGGCUGGAUGACCUCUGUCAAAGACUGGGCCGGAGUCAUGAUCUCAGCCCAGACGCUCACCGGGAGAGUCCUGGUCGUCCUGGUUUUCCUCCUCAGCAUCGGAGCGCUGGUCAUUUACUUCAUCGAUUCCUCUGACCCCAUUGAGUCGUGCCACAUCUUCUACCAAGACUUCACUCUCCAGAUCGACAUGGCCUUCAACGUGUUUUUUCUGCUCUACUUCGGGCUCAGGUUCAUCGCGGCCAAUGACAAACUGUGGUUCUGGCUGGAGGUGAACUCGGUGGUGGACUUCUUCACGGUUCCUCCCGUCUUCGUGUCGGUGUAUCUGAACAGGAGCUGGCUCGGUUUGAGGUUCCUGAGGGCCUUAAGGUUGAUUCAGUUUUCAGAAAUUUUACAGUUUUUGAAUAUUCUCAAAACAAGUAACUCGAUAAAACUGGUGAACCUGUGCUCCAUCUUCAUAAGCACAUGGCUCACAGCAGCAGGGUUCAUACAUUUGGUGGAGAAUUCUGGGGACCCAUGGGAGAACUUUCAGAACUCGCAGGCCCUGUCGUACUGGGAGUGCGUGUACCUCCUGAUGGUCACCAUGUCGACGGUGGGGUACGGAGACGUGUACGCCAAGACCACGCUGGGGAGACUCUUCAUGGUCUUCUUCAUCCUCGGAGGACUGGCCAUGUUUGCCAGCUACGUCCCUGAAAUCAUAGAGUUAAUAGGAAAUCGAAAGAAAUACGGCGGCUCCUAUAGUGCCGUAAAUGGUCGAAAGCACAUCGUCGUCUGCGGCCACAUCACGCUGGAAAGUGUGUCCAACUUCCUCAAAGACUUCCUACACAAGGACAGGGAUGAUGUCAAUGUAGAAAUUGUUUUUCUCCAUAAUAUUUCCCCUAAUCUUGAGCUGGAAGCCUUGUUCAAACGUCACUUCACUCAAGUGGAGUUCUACCAGGGAUCCGUCCUCAACCCACACGACCUGGCGCGCGUCAAGAUUGAAUCGGCCGAUGCCUGUUUGAUUUUGGCGAAUAAAUACUGCGCUGACCCUGACGCAGAGGACGCCUCCAACAUCAUGAGAGUGAUCUCCAUAAAGAACUACCACCCCAAGAUCAGAAUCAUCACCCAGAUGCUCCAGUACCACAACAAGGCUCACCUGUUGAACAUCCCGAGCUGGAACUGGAAGGAGGGGGACGACGCCAUCUGCCUGGCUGAGCUGAAGCUGGGGUUCAUCGCUCAGAGCUGUUUGGCUCAGGGUCUGUCCACCAUGUUGGCCAACCUCUUCUCCAUGAGGUCCUUCAUCAAGAUCGAGGAGGACACGUGGCAGAAGUAUUACCUGGAGGGCGUGGCCAAUGAGAUGUACACGGAGUAUCUGUCCAGUGCCUUUGUGGGACUCUCCUUCCCCGUCAUCUGCGAACUGUGUUAUGUGAAGCUGAAGUUGCUGCUCAUCGCCAUCGAGUACAAAUCUGACCAGAGAGAGAGCAGCACUUUGAUCAACCCUGGGAACCAUGUGAAGAUGACGGAAGGGACUCUUGGUUUCUUCAUCGCCAGUGACGCCAAAGAAGUCAAAAGGGCCUUGUUCUACUGUAAAGCCUGUCACGACGACAUCACUGACCCCAAACGCAUCAAGAAAUGUGGAUGCAAGAAAACUAAGAUGGCCGCCUCCCCGACCGAGCGCCUGGCCUGUUGUUUUGGCGCAGGGUGCAUGUCUCUUAGUGACCGUAGUAGCUCGGACCUCCCGCUCUCCGCUGUGUCUGUUAGCUCGGCCCCUAAAAAUAGCUAUAACGGAUAUAUCAAAUCAAUUGAAGACGACCAACAGUCGGCUCUGUCGCCAAAGAAAAAGCAACGCAACGGAAACAUGAGGAACUCCCCGAACUCUUCACCCAAGAUCAUGAGACACGACCCUCUGCUGAUCCCCGGGAGCGAGCCCAUCGAGAGCAUGGACGAAAACGUCAAGAAGUACGACUCGACGGGAAUGUUCCACUGGGCUCCGUCGAAAGACAUCGAGAAGGUCAUUCUGACCCGUAGCGAGGCGGCGAUGACGGUCCUGAGCGGUCACGUGGUCGUUUGUAUUUUCGGAGACGCCAAGUCGGCUCUGAUCGGAGUCAGGAACUUCGUGAUGCCGCUGAGGGCGAGUAACUUCCACUACCACGAACUGAAGCACAUCGUGUUUGUGGGCUCCCUGGAGUACCUCAAGAGGGAGUGGGAGACGCUGCACAACUUCCCCAAGGUCUCCAUACUGCCUGGCACCCCUCUGAGUCGUGCGGACCUUCGUGCCGUGAACAUAAACCUGUGUGACAUGUGCGUGAUCCUGUCGGCCAAUCAGAACAACAUCGACGACGCGUCUCUCCAGGACAAAGAGUGCAUCCUGGCCUCGCUCAACAUCAAGUCCAUGCAGUUCGACGACAGCAUCGGGCUCCUGCAGGCCAACUCUCAAGGCUUCACUCCUCCUGGGAUGGACCGCUCCUCUCCAGAGAACAGUCCGGUCCACGGUUUAGUCCGACAGACUUCAGUCACAACAGGAGCCAAUAUCCCCAUUAUCACCGAACUAGCUCCUUUAUCAAAACAAGGCAAAAAGCUCCCUGUGAUUUCCUUCAGUCCGGAUAAGAGCAGCGGCACCAGCAUUCAAAUGAUAACCGAACUGGUGAACGACUCAAAUGUGCAGUUUCUGGACCAGGACGACGAUGACGACCCUGACACAGAGCUGUACCUCACUCAGCCCUUCGCCUGCGGGACGGCGUUCGCUGUCAGCGUCCUCGACUCGCUCAUGAGCGCCACUUACUUCAAUGACAACAUCCUGACUCUGAUCCGGACCCUGGUGACAGGAGGAGCCACCCCGGAGCUGGAGGGUCUGUUGGCUGAAGAGAACGCCCUGAGAGGAGGCUACAGCACCCCGCAGACCCUGGCCAACCGGGACAGGUGCAGAGUGGCACAGCUGGCCCUGUACGACGGGCCCUUCGCUGAUCUGGGGGACGGUGGUUGCUACGGCGACUUGUUUUGUAAAGCUCUAAAGACGUACAACAUGCUCUGCUUCGGGAUCUACCGACUCCGAGACGCACACCUCAACACACAGAGCCAGUGUACCAAACGGUACGUGAUCACAAACCCUCCGUACUCGUUUGAGCUGGUUCCGUCGGACCUGAUCUUCUGCCUGAUGCAGUUCGACCAUAACGCCGGACAGUCCCGCUGCAGCCUCUCGCACUCGUCUCACUCCUCUCACUCGUCCAAAAAGAGCUCCUCUGUUCACUCCAUCCCCACGGCCAACCGCAUCAACCGCAACAAGAGCCGAGACAAACAAAAUGCUUCUUGGAUGACUAGAGUGGGCACAGAAAAGACAUGGUUUACAGAUGAGCCUGAGACGCCCCACCUGAGGACCACCUCCACCAGAACGUCAAACACCAGUCUCAACCACAGCAGCCAAUCCAAAUCCAGCAGCGUCCUCAUCCCACCAAUCAGAGAGGUCGAGGAUGAAUGCUGACGGUCGGCAUUCAAAACGGUCCUCAAAAAGACCUCCAGAAACAGAUUUUUUUAAAAUUUAUUGUAAUAAUUUGGUGAAAGAAACGACAGCUAAUCAAAAUCCAGCCGCGUCCUCAACUGUCCAAUCAGAGGAGCUGAAGAUAAACGCUCAGCAAGAGGCUCUAUUCACACUUACGUCACAAACCAGGAAGACGUUUGGAAACAUGCGGUGACAACUUCCGCCGGCUCUGUUCACAAUAGUAAGUCGGACAAAAUCUUGGGAAAAUUAGAAAAUGUCCCAGUUUUCUUCAUUUCCAUGUCAUUGUAGCGUUCCGUUAUGUUCAGCUCAUCAACAAUUACAUCCACAUCUCAGUUUUGAUCAUUUCCCCACUGACACACAACUCCGAUUGCAACGAGUACAUGUGAUUAGAAGGAGACGAGGCGCCAAAUUCAAGAUGAUUCCAAACAGCACGUGUAUGCAGUCUUCAUUUGACCCCUGAUCACAUUUACUUCAGUGCAUUUUAUCCGUACAACUAUGAUAAAAUCUGGAAGAUGAAUCCAAGAUGUUUAGCCUGUGCUGAGUCGUCAGCCGUUUGACCUCGCAGCUUUAGGAUUCGUUCGCUCGAUGGUAGGCGGGUACUUUUUUUUAAUUUAACCAAUCGCUGCUAUUUGGUCGUGACAUAUGUAAUGCGCUUCCAGAGUUCUUGCAAACCGUCUAGAGCACAGGUGUCAAACAUACGGCCCGGGGGCCAGAUCCGGCCCUCCAAGACCUUUAAUGUGGCCUUUGGCUGAUUUUCUACUAAAAUAUUUUAAUUAUAUUUUCUAUUAAAAUAUUGGUAAUUUUCUGUGGUGUUUAUCACAGCAGCGUCUCCAGCGUCUCUGUACGUGGCCCCUCCCACCAGAGCAGCACAAAUGAAGACUUGUCUCUUUGUAAACUCUCUUAAAGGACGAUCGUUUUGACUGUUGAC